CGCUUCCGCCAUUUUGUGUUUACUUGGGUUUAAUUGUACGGGACGGGCGCACGUUGAGUGUCAGUAAUGAUUAUUAUUUAAAAUUACAAUUACUAUGGAACUAAUGGUGGACAAAAGAGGACGUUCAGUAAAGACGUGAUAUUUUUCAUAUUAUGACGCGGGACGCGCAAGCACGAAUAUUAGCUAACGACUGGCGGCCAGCCCAAUUUACAUAUCUGUUGCCUCAUGCUGCCUCGGCAACACCCUUCAACGUCAGCUUUGGGACCAUUAAAACCUCCGUCCUCUUCUGAUUCUGGAUGUGGAAAUACUCAUCACACCGAACAAAUCUGCCGUGAGUACAUCAGGGGCAAUUGCACCAAAUAUGGACAGUGCAAAUAUCGCCAUGAGCUCGAUACAAAUAUAAUGAAAGAGAUCUUACAGUUUUGCCACGACUAUCAAAAUCGAAACGGCUGUACACGUAAAAAUUGUAAAUUUAUUCACGCCAGCAAAGAAGAGCAAAAUACGUUUCUUGCAACGGGGCAAAUACCUCGCGUGCUAGCUAAGAAACACGCCGCCUCGGCCGCUGCCGCUUCCAACAUGCAAUCGAAUGCAGCUAAUGCGGAGACGAUUCCACAAAUAGCUAUGUUUAUCAGCGAAUCUUACAUGUCGCAACCGCCGCCCGGUCCCUGGCCGCCGCUGCCACCUCCGCAAGCCGUGCUGCCGCCGGUGGCGACCGCGCCGCCGCCGCCGCCGCCGUCAUCGCCGCCUCGGCACGCCGCAGGCCCAUCAGUCCAAUCAGCCCAACAGCUCCCUCCGCCGUCCGCUCCCGCGCCUGGCGUUUCUCAACUUCGCCCGGUAGCCACAGCAUACUCUGCUAUGCCACAAACAUUAUUCUCAAUAAACCAGCCGGCGGUUGUGGUACCGGAAAAGUUUGACCCGUCGAAGCCUCCCCCGCCGCUGCCGUCGCACUUGCAGCCCACUAACAACGGGCCAUUAAAAAGAAAAGUAGACACAAAUGGAAACGCUGCAACAAACAAGAUUCGGAAACCCGAUGGUCCUGAAGUGUCAGAGCAACACUGCGAAUGCUGUGUCCAGCGUGAAUUAAGGAUUGACGGGUACAAGCAGCAGAUGGAAGCCUUGCACAAUGAGGAAGAGACGCAAAUAUUAUUGUACAAAAAGAAAUUACAGGAGUAUGAAAUUGGAAGAGAUAUUUUAAAGAAACUCGUGGGACCAGAACUUUUCGCCGUAUUUGACAAUCUGAUUGAGGGGGCCCAGGCACCACAGUUGGAUAAUUCAGUAUCUUUUCAUUCGGAUUCACCAACUGUGUCUAAGCAGGCUGUUAUACAGCUAUUUAACAUGCUUCUCGGCGGCGGCAGCAGAAAUAUCAUCGAUCCGGUUCCUUCAACAUCCCAUAUGGACGAAACGUUGCAGUCCCUUACAAGACGGCACAAUGUUGGCUACUCUAAUGCUGGACCAGACUUGAUAAAAUUCGUCACGGAUACAUUAAGGAAUAGUAAUACGGCAGAGAGGUCACCGUCAGUAGAAGAACGCCCAAGUGAACCGACGCUAAAUAACAGAACAAAUGGCUAUUUAGCAAAUGGGCAAAAACCUCACAUUAGCACAAGCGAACCUACAAGGUAUGGCGCAGCCGCUGGUUACGCGGGGCCAAGCUUGCAAGUUCCAGACUUCGGAGGCCGUGCGCACCAAGUGAUGCCAAACUAUCCCGUGGCGGGCCCCAGCGGUUAUGCAGGCGCCCCCCCGCCCGCACCGCCGCCCACCGGCUACAUGUUCCACCGGGCCGUCCCGCCACCGAACCGGCAUUACUACCCUCAGAACCCUGCUGUGUCCGGUACUGGGGGCAUGCAGUACAAUGGCACAGAGAGAGCAGCCGGUUCGGGCCAGGUGCAAGGGAUGCAGCCGCCUGCUGUGCCAGGAGCGCUCCGACCGGCGGCAAAUGCCCCAAAUUACAAUUAUACGCCUCGGUAUCAUCAGCCGCCUUACUUCCCACCUUACCAAUAGCCUCUGCAAUCCGCAAGGUACGUUAUACGAGCGUAAAACAACGCGAAAUCGCUAGCGAAUUGCCACUAACUUGCGGGUAACUGAUGUUGAUGAUAGUAGUCCCAUUUCCAAGUUAGGUAUGUUUAAUGUUAUGUUAGACUUCAUCUGUGCAAUACGAUUACUUUCAGUUUGUUUUCCGCAUUUGUUUUACAAAUGUACAUUAUACCGGGUGUUUCCUGUAACAGGAGCAUUAAAUUAAGCUGUAGGCCGUACUCCUCAAACUGACCAACAUUUGUUCAGCAACUUUUAAAAAUAACUAGUGUUUUGAUUUUCAUUACACUUUAAAGUUGAUUCUAAGACGCAAUGUAUUGCAAAAUUUGUUAUGUUUAAAGGGUGACAAGCAACGUCAAACACACAGGUGGCAGCGUACAUUGAAAAUAAUAUUUAAUUAGUAUGAAAAAGAUAGAAUCUAAAAAUUUCAUAAUUUUAAAAAGUUGCUGAACAAAUGUGACAUUUUCAACCAAAAGGUACCACAUUGUCGCUUAUCCAUUAGGUUGAUUUCAAAUUGAAGCUAUAUGGAAAUAGAGCCGUAUUGACAACCGACAAUAAGUACCCUUUUGGUUGAGAAUUGCACAAAUGUUGGUCAGUUUGAGGCGUACAGCCUCCAGUUUAAUUUAUUGCUCAUGUUAGGAAACACCGUGUAUACCAGAUUAAACAUAGUUCAGUUUCAGACCUGGUUACAUCAAUAAACAGGAAAUAGUCAUGAAAAAGACAACUGACUAAACUUGUCCCAGAGCUCAGCUACCGUCUACUAGUAAAUACUAUAGGUAUAGUCGA